AUGCCAGGCAGCUACAGAUGCAUCUGUCCCGAGGGUCAGCGUCUGGCUCCUGACGGCAGGAGCUGUCUAGACAUCCCAUGCAUCCCUGCAUGUCAGUUCGGCAUCUGCCAGGCGGGCCAAUGCCAGUGCUCCAUUGGCUACACUGGGGUGGACUGCAGCAUCCCGUUACGGUGUGAGCAGUCUUGCGCCAACGGGGGCACCUGCACGCGGGGUGUGUGCCAGUGUGCAGAGGGGUACGUCGGAGAGUUCUGUGAGACCAAAAUUUGUCGGCCGGAUUGCUUGAAUCUUGGCAUGUGUGUGGAGGGCCGGUGUGUCUGUCCAGACACCCACACCGGAGACUACUGCCAGUACAGAGCUUGCAGGAGAGAAUGUCUCAAUGGUGGAACAUGCAACAUUUUUGGUGUGUGCGUCUGUGAGGAUGGUUUUGAUGGGGAAUUCUGCGAAACCAGAUUGUGUCGACCUCCGUGUGUCCACGGUGCUUGCAUUGGGGGGGUGUGUCGGUGUAACCGGGGUUACAGAGGGGACGAUUGCAAUGAGAAAGAGUGUCCUAUUGCUUGCCAAAAUCAGGGCACCUGUGUCAACGGCACCUGUGAAUGCCCCCCAGGUUUUACAGGGCUCUUCUGUGAAAGGCGAGAUUGCGAGCAGCCGUGUUUAAAUGGUGGUGUCUGCAACUUUGGAAGGUGCAACUGCCCUCCACAAUACCAAGGGGCGUACUGUCAAAUAGAAGUGUGCAUCCGGUCUUGUCAGAAUGGUGGUGUCUGCGUGAACGGUAUCUGCCAGUGUCUGUACGGCUUCAUUGGAGCCUACUGUGAGAUCAACUUUGGAGGGUGUGAGGAUGUUCAGUGCCUCAAUGGGGGCCAUUGCCUGGAGGGUCAAUGUCAGUGCACGCCAGGCUUCACAGGGCCCACAUGCAAUCAGACAACCCAGAAAUUUUAA